ACUUCAUAUUUUAGCAACAAAAAAUAGAAAAACUACAGGGUGGAUGUUGGUGUGGGUGAAAAAAAUACUGAUAUACAACACCGAUGUCAACUGAACCCAUCCACAUCUACACCCACACCAAUAUUGCGUUACGCUUUGUGAUUGAGCCAUUUGCAUAAAUUAUGUAUUCUAUUUCAUAAAAUUGAAAAAAUACCUAUUUGUGUAAAUAAAUGAAUCAAUAUUGUCUUUUUUAUAUACAACUUAUUUUUUAUUAAAAUGAACUACUGCUUAUUCAACAUAAUUAUUGUUCAUUCAAUAUAAUAAUUGCUUAUUUAAGUUAUUUUAUUGCUCAAUUAAAUAUAAGUCGAAAAAAAUGCUCUCCUAACAGUGUUUUUUUAUAGUUUUGAUUUAUAAAAAGAGAUGAGAAAAAAAGAAAAAAAUACAUUUGUUAGAUGCAAUAUAUGAAAUAGAGUAUAUUUACCUUGCUUCUGUUGCACUCUUUUUUUCAUUCCUCUUAUUCUUUGCUUUUUUUUCCAAUGCACUUUUACUUCCUUUUCACCUCUUGUCAUCUGUACUUCGUGGAGAUUCGACAAAUGAAAAGAGUUGUAUAUAUUAUGUGUACAGAUUGACAUCAUAAAAAAAUGCUACGUGUCUUACAAGAUGCUUCAUUCGUCUAGUUUUCCUAGAGUGCUUAAGAUUGAUUAUCCAUUGAUAUUUAACAUAUUAGCUAGAAUAUAUCACAUGUCUAAAAAAAAAGAUGCAUUAUGUGUCUCAGUUAGACAUAUCGAGUGUCAAUGGAUAACCGAUUUUAGACAUUUCAGCAAAACAAACAUAGUAUAAUACUCUUGACGUAUCUUAGUUUUUUAGAGUUGAAAGAGAAAAAGAGAGGACAAAGCGAGUUGAUUUUUUUUCUUGAGAAAUGCUUUGAUUUUAAUUUUUUUUUGUCUUUACACUCAUUUUAUCAAUAGUCUUCUUUUUUUUCAAAAUAAUUUAUUAAAAAAAAUAUAUUUAUGAAUUGUUUUCUUCAAUUCAAAGGAAAAUAUUAUUAAUAUGGCGAUAAGAAAUUCAAAUUUCUUUUUAUUAAUCCUAUUAUUAUCAUCAUCAAUCAAUGCAUUUAAUCUACCAGGAUUGGCACCUAAUGAAUACUGUCGAUUUCCACUGCCAGGGUUAAAAUGCAAAACUCAAGUUGAAGUAUAUGUCAAUCGUCUCAAUUCAUUUGAAUCUGUAUUAUCAUAUCAAUAUUCUUAUUUUCCUUUCUGUACUGUUAAUGAUGAACCAUCGCCAAUUGAAAAUCUUGGUCAAGUUCUUAUUGGUGAACGAAUUCAACCAUCACCAUAUAAAUUUCAUUUUCUUAAAAAUUAUAACUGUCGUUAUGUAUGUGCAAAGAAAUUUACAUCAACUGAUGCUAAUCAACAAAAAAUGCUUAAACGUUUAAUGAAAGGAAUAAUUUUAAAUUAUCAACAACACUGGAUACUUGAUAAUAUGCCUAUUACAUUAUGUUAUAAAAAUACUGAAAAUCUAGAAUUUUGUUCCCGUAGUUUUCCAAUUGGCUGUUAUGUAAGUAAAAGUGGUCAAACAAAAAAAUCGUGUAGUAUUCGUGAUGGAAAAAAUGAUACAUUUUAUAUAUUUAAUCAUUUGGAUUUUGAAAUAACCUAUCAUAACGAACUAGGUGAAACACGGAGAAGUACAUUUGGCGAAGAUAGUAGUCGAAUUAUUUCAGCGAAAAUACAAGUUAAUAGUCUCAAUUCAAAUAGAUGUGAUCGUACUACUGGACCAGUUAUGUUUCAAUCGACAAGCAAAGAUAUUGAAAUUCCAUUUACAUACAGUGUAAAAUUUAUAAAAAUUAAUGAAAUACAUUGGGCUAGUCGAUGGGAUUAUAUAUUUAAAUCAUUACCACAAACACGUAUUCAAUGGUUUUCAAUUUUAAAUUCGCUUGUCGUUGUAUUAUUUCUUUCGGGUACAGUUGCUAUCAUUCUUUUACGUACAUUAUGUAAAGAUAAUCCGCGUUAUAGUCGAAUAGUUGGUACUGGUAGUGCAAAAGAACAAUUUGGAUGGAAACUAAUUGAUGGUGAUGUAUUUCGUCCACCACAAAAAGGUAUACUUUUGUCUACUCUUGUUGGUAAUGGUAUUCAAAUUACAAUGACAUUUUUAAUCACAUUAGUCUUCGCUGCACUUGAUUUUCUCUCACCAGACAAACCUGGUGCUUUACUGACUUUGUUUGGCGGUGCAAAUUGGAAGAAAAUUGCUCUAACAACAGCUAUUACAUGUCCAAGCUUAAUUUUUGUCAUUUUGUUUGUUUUAAAUCUUGUUCUUUGGCUAAAUGUUAGUUCAGCAACUAUUCCAUGUACUACAUUUUUAGCAUUACUUGCUCUUUGGUUCUGCAUAUCAACACCAUUAGUAUUCAUUGGAGCUUAUCUUGGUUUCAAACGUUCAGUUUAUAAAAAUCCUGUUCCAAUUAAUCAAAUUCCACGACAAGUACCUGAACAGCCUUUUUACACUAAACCAUUAUUAAGUAUCUUAGCGAGUGGUAUUCUUUCAUUUGGUUGUAUUUUUAUUCAACUGUUUUUCAUCUUAAACAGUAUUUGGGUUCAUCAAUAUUAUCAUUAUUUUGGAUUUCUACUUGUCGUAUAUAUAAUUCUUAUAAUUACAUGUUCGGAAACAACAAUUCUUCUUUGCUAUUUUCAUUUAUGUACUGAGGAUUAUAAUUGGUGGUGGCGUUCAUUUUUAACAUCGGGUUCUACGGCUGUCUAUUUCUUUCUCUAUUCAGGUUUUUAUUUUGCGACUAAAUUAGAAAUAUUUGAUGGAGUAUCAACAUUUCUUUAUUUUGGUUAUACAUUAAUGCUUACAUUUAUUUUAUUUUUAUUUACCGGUGCAAUCGGUUUUCUUGCUUGUUUCUGGUUUGUUCGUAUAAUCUAUUCAGUUAUCAAAUGGGAUUACAUGAAGCAAGUAUCAAUCAAUGAUAUAUCUAAUUAUUUUAAAUGA